AGAGUACUUUCGGUUGCAAGGGGGUGAGCACUUUUUUGUGUGUUGUAGUUGAUGUCGUUUCUUAAAUAUUGGUCCUAAAGACCAGCGGAUAGGUUAUCUUUGUAAUAAGGUAGAGGAUUUUAUCUCUGUUUGUAGGAACUUGGAUCGUAAUAUUAUUGUUUGGAAGUCGACUUUCGUAUCGUCUACAUGUGGUGUACCUUCGCUGAUACCGGUCCACAAACUCGUAGAAUAAUCCUCUCUGGUGAACAUCAAGAUAAAUGACAUGUUAGGCUUUCAUUCGACAAUUUCAUUGAAUGAUUCAUCUAAAUGGUGAUAUAUGGAUGGAGAAAGUGUGCGCAGUGGACGAAGUGAAAAAAGCGACCGUUCUCGUCGGUCAAAACGCAUUCAGCGGACAAGUAAUGUUACUUCCAAUCAAUCCGCGUGUAUGUUUCAAGGACAAGUAAAGAAUGUGUUAGCUUCUCAUAACCAGCCACUAGCUAUUGGACAGAGCAUGCAAAAUGUGGAUACAGUUGGCCGUCAAUCUCAGUGCAAUUUGAUGCCAGUUGUUCCACAGCCUCAUAUGAGCAUGUUUCCGCAGCAACCAAUGGGAAUGCAACAGCCUAAUUCUCAUCCUUAUACAUUAGAAACAUGGAUUCCCCCUUUAAUGCCAAUGAAUCCCAAUUUCUCCUCUUGUUCUCAGCCAAGCAUGUACAUCCCUAACGCUCAAAGUUGGACCGAUCAAUCUGUACAACAGGUAUAUGCCCAACAAAUAAUUCAUCCGUCCAUGCCUUCUCCAUUCACCCGACCCCCAAUUUGUGCAGGAGUACAAUCAAAUCAACUUCAGUCACAACAACAACAGGUCGGUUCUUUCAUACCUCCUGGACAACAGCAUCCUUUAGCACAUACUGCUGCAUCCCAUGUUUCUCCUUCCCAGAUACCUUCUCAACCAUCAUCACAAGUUCCUGAGCCAUACCGAUCUGAGCGUUUUGACUCACAACUUACAAACCGAGAUGAAAAUGCUUGGGUUGAGGAGGCUACUGCUGUCACUGGCGCUACAAGUGAGACUGGACUCAGUGGUGACAAUUUCUCACGGUUUGGAGCACGUUACGGCCUAGCAACUUCACUAGGUAUACAUGCCAACGGUGGUACCGGCUGUAAUAUUAGCGGUGCUGCAGCUGCUUUAAUACGAUCCGAAGCGGAUGAAAUAAAAAUGUUCAAAUGCUCACAUACAUUAAGUUUUGCCAUUUCUGCAUUUCUGGCAAUCGGUUCAUUACUGUCUCCAGUCCUAAUGCUUUUGCUCCCACUUUUUCCGUUUUGGAUUGGAUGGUCAACCGAAGGGUGUGAACCAACUUGUGAAGGACAUCUCAUCAGUAUAUCUGUAAAACUUGUACUCCUCGCUAUCGCGCUGUGGUUUUUAAGCUCCCCUUGUCGACCAUUUUGUGGCAGUACUACUGCCAUACUUCCACGUAUCCGUCUUUGUCGAACUCUUUUUCUUUGUCUUGUGUUAGUUGUUUUAUUUGCAUUUUGGUUGUUUUAUACUGUUCGUGUUAUACAACCAAAGGAAUCUGAUUAUCUUUCCAUAGUAGUUUUUGCCGGCAGUUUGACCGAUACUUUACUCUUUUUACAUUAUGCCGUUAUCGCCCUUAUGGAACUGCGUAAAAUCCGAUUUCAGUACGUUAUACACAUUGUACGUUCUCCAGAUGGAAUGUCAAGGACUUUAAAGUGUGGAGAGAUGUCGUUGCAGAGGGCAGCUAUAGAAGUUUUACAGUUUUACAUGGUGGAAUUCACAGCUUACAACCCAAAUCAAAACUCAUCUUUCAGCAGCGGGGGUGGAGGUAAACGUAGUCGUCGCGGUGGUUCUGCUUCUGGUAGUGGGAAUGGCGGUGGGUCCAAAUACAAAUUUUACGAUGUAGAUAGUGGUGGGGCUGGUUUAGGAAAAUCAGAAAACGGUGUUACGUAUACUGUUGAGCAAUCUGGUGCUAUUACUGCCCCUAGUGCUUCAGUUCGUUUGUAUGAGGAAAUUGAGUUGGAAAAAAGGAUACGUAAACGGCGCAUGAGACUUCUUUUGGCUGUUGAGGAGGCUUUUACUCAUGUUAAGCGCCUUGCUGCUGAAAACUGCAAUAAUGAAAGAACUGUUGGUGUUGUUGAAUGUGAUCAAACAUUGGUACCUUUCAAAAACACUCGAAGUAAUGGGAGGAUGUCAAAGCUUACUUGCUCUCCAGGAAAAUCUUUGGAUCCGUAUGAAGCAGCACAAGCUGUUUUCCCUACUCUCAUCCGGCCGUUACAAAAGUAUAUGCGUGUUACACGUCAACAAGCUCGUCACCCUGUGGAUAUGGUAAUUGAUCAUCUCGCUCUUUGCUUAGCUUAUGGCCUGUCACCUCACGCUUUCUUGGAAAGAUUUAAUCCUUCGGCUGCUACACCACAACAAGAUGCAGCCGCAGCUGCAUCAGCCAUUGCAACAGUAAAGAGAGCUAAAUAUCAACAGAAUACCAAGCAAGUUAACACUUCAGACAAUCUAGAUCCAUAUCCUCUACUUCCUAAAUUAGUGCAUCCAGGCGGACAGCAGGUAUGGAGUAUUGUAGCUGAUCGGGCUCUAUCUCGUAGUUUAGCGGAUGGUGCCAUAUUUCAGCUUCGUCGUGGAAAUGAGCUGUCGUUGCUUUGUACUGUUAGACGCCUGCCGCUUAUCUAUCUUAUCGAAGAAAUAUUAGAACCGUUGGAGGCAGGUAGAUUUGUUUUACGAACUGACAAUGCAGUAUGACCUUUUAAGGAACUUCAAUGUUCAGGGAAUGUGAUCUCAUCCAUUUCAUUUUCUUUUCUAAACCGAUUUCGAUUCGCAUUUCUAAAUAUGAACCGGUAUUGAAUAAUAUGUUGAUUACAUUACUCGAUUCAGUUUUAUCCGUUCGUCAAAUUUUGCAUUUAUAUGAAGUCCAGAAUUCGUUUGCUUUUCACACAAGUUAUUGUUUUAGGUCAGUCUUACAUUAUUGUUUGUAUUGCAUUGGAUUUUUUCUGUUUUUGCUUUGUGUUUUAUGGGGCUGCUUUGUGUACGUUGGUCUUUUAAAGUUUACAAGUGCUUUUCUUUAUUUAUUUUCGAUAAUUAACUACUAGUCAUUAUGAAAAUCUUUAUCACAAGUUAUUACUAACCACAGUAAUUUUGUUGUGCUGCCAAUUUUCUCGUUUUUUUCUCUUCAUCUUUUUCUUGCAUUUCAAGCUUCCACUUGUCAUUUCCUAGGGAGUCAUGUAUCAAGUUUACUUUUAGCUUUAUUAUAAUUACUUUUCCCGUGUACCGGUUUAAUCGAUGUUAUUACCGGUUAAUGUCAAUAACUUUGUUUCUUCAGUGAAUUUUGAUCUUUUGCUAAUUGAGUUUUUAUAAAAUGUAGCUGAGUAUAAACCAUUUAGAGUUAAUAUUCUUUAAGAUAUUUACUUGAAUCACGCUUAAGGUGUCUACAGUAUUUCGGUUUUCAUGACUUCAUAUUGAAGGCGUAAUGUAUGCACAAACUCACAUAGAACAUGGAUAUAGGCACCUAUGGAUAAUAAGGAUUAUGUCAGCCUCGUCAAAAAUAAUGUAGAAAUUAUUUUUUCUGAUUAGCUCCUACAUAUUUAAUACUUGUUGUAGAA